CAUCCCGCGUCCUGUACGACAGAAGAGGAUCAUGAGCAUCAUUUAUUUUACGCCAUUAUCGCCUACAAGUAACAAACAAACCAAUCAGCUGUUACCACGCGCGUUUUGGUCGGUAUUUAACCGUAAGGUUGACGCAUGAAAUUUCAACGAAUCCAAUAUCUGUUAAUCCCUUCGCUGUAUUGUUCUUUAUUUAUGGUUCUUUAUGGUAGUUUAAAACACGAAUUUUAUAAUUUAUCACUUUUGUUUCCGUAAAACGCUAUAUACCGCCGGGUUUCGUUGACGUCGGUAUUGGGAUUUGAUAAUUUUAAAGAAAUAGACCGCUACAAAUAUAGGCGAUGUCUCAUGGCAGUUCACUGCUCUGUAGGAAUCACUUACGCGAUCUGAAACCCGCUGGAAAGCCUUAGUUAAAAAGCUUAUUUGUGUUGCCCUUGAAAUGCUUUGCUUAGGUUUGUUUUUUUGUGUUAGUCGUUUUUAGCUUUAAAAGCGAGUUCUUGAAAUUUUCUGAUGGCUUUUGAUGGUUGUGGGUUGUCCAAGUUGUAAGAAAUUUUUCUUUGGCUCAUGCCAGGCCCUGAUCCGAUUGGAUUUAUCUUCCAGAAAAAGUUGAAAAAAGUCGAUAUCCAAAUGAGCGAUUAGAGUCUCAGUUCUUUCAUAUUUCGGCUCUUAAGUCUUUCUCUAGAGAAAGAACAGCUUUAGCUGGCAUGCAGGAAAAGAGAAUCUGUCACUUUCGUUUUAAUUUGUACUUUCUUUGUUAGCCUUUUAGGUUUACUUUAUAAUUUAUUUGUUCUCUUGUUUUCAUUCCUCUUUGGACUAUAGAAUCCCAAAAAUCUUGCACCAAAUUUGACUAACAUUUAUUACUCGCGUAUAAUCGACCUUAGUCUAUGGCUUAGUCUAUGCAACUUUUGAUGGUUUAGUUUGAUUUCAAUGCAUGUAUGCUGUUCUCUCCCAAUGUGGCAUUCUUUUUUUAUGUAUAUUAAUACAGGUUUGAUCAGUCUUGAAAGAAGACAGCUGGAAUGUUGACUGUUGUCUCAGAAAUUUUUAGCUGCAGUAGAACUCACCUAAGGGAGGUGUUACCCUGAUUAAAACGCAGAUAGAGGCGGAUUUUCUCAAAUAACUGGUCAUAUGGGUUCCUCAGAGUAUUAUCUGAUUACUCUCUAGUAAUUAGUAACCAAAAACUCUUAUUUACCCAGAAACUAGACUAUGUGAGACUUCUCAGUUACUCUUGAUACGAGCAGCUCGGUUUUGUAAGUAAGACAAAUGCAAGUUCUCACGUGCCGUUUUCCCUUUUUUAUUCCUCGUGAUCUUAAAAAGUAAUGUGACCAUUUUAGUUUGACUAUUAAAGUUCGAUGAUAUCACCGAAGUUUCAGGUUUGUUAGAGUGAAUAGCACCUAUCCCCGCGGAUCGUAGUUGCUUCUCAAGAGUACAUUGUAUCUUUCCAGUUUAAAAAGCGUAUUCUUAGAAAAAUUAUAGCAAAACUAGCUAAAAGUAGCCUUGGGCACCUGAAUCGGUUUCUUUGAAUCCCAGCGUGAUGGGAAAGUACAUUUAAAACCACUUCAGUCUCCCUCGUGAUGAUCAUACGAUUUUUUCCGGCAGUUCCUAUGAAGGAGUUAUAAAUAAUUGGUCUAAAUCUAUGUAUACUAAGUUGAGGAAUUAUUUUGACGCUGUUAGCACUGAUCCAAAUGUAUGCAGUACUAUUAAACUGUGUGUUUGUUCUUAUCUAACGCAGUCCGCAUACUCUCCUUGCCGACAUUCACGUGUAAGUGCUUUGUAACCGCGCUUACGCACAUGUGAGAAGUAACAAGCGGCUUCCCUCCGCUCAUGACCAAGAGCACUGCUCAUCACAAGAGUACGUUUUUUUUCUUGCAGGACGGGGACACCAUGGUUUUAAGGUGUUGUCCUUCUUGUGCUUCGCUCUCUCUUCUUCUUCUAUGCUUAUCUUCACAUACUUGGGUGGGAUCUAGUUCUAAUUUGAACGAUUGCAAAAGACCUCUGGGUUUACAGGAUGGAAGAAUUUCAAACUCUCAGCUAUCUUCCCCAAAUCAUUAUAAACGUUUGUAUAUUGGAGGUGGUGAAAGUGCUGAUAUGAAUCCUGGGUGUGCUCGUCUGAACAAUAUGCUAGCAUGGUGUUCUCCUGCCAACAAGUACUCCGAUAUGCCAGUAUACAUUGAAAUAGACUUAAAGGAGUCCAUGGACAUCAGUGAAAUUGCUACUCAAGGAUUUAGAGCAGCUGCAAAUGCAUACUAUGUGAUGCAGUAUAAUGUUUCCUAUAGCAAUGACAGAGUUACCUGGAAGCUUUACAAAGAGGUUUUGGCAGGCAAUACAGAUGCAGAGGCUGCUGUUACAAACACAUUCAAUCCAAAGAUAUCUGCAAGAUAUAUUAGAGUAUAUCCUGUAAAGUACAGACAUAAAGUGUGUAUGCGCUUGGAGCUAUAUGGUCUGAAAAAUUGCUCUGCAGAGAGUAUUCCUCAGCCACAAGAAGAUCCUACACAGACAAUAACAACUCCCACAACAGCUGCACCAGAACAUCAAACCACUAUAGCCAAAAAUACUACUCUUAGAAAAGAAACAACACGCCCAAAAGAAAUAGAUCCUGUUGAUGUAGUGACCCCUACUCCAAUUGGUCUUUCAGCCAAAACACUCAAUGUGGCCCCCAGUAGAGAGGAGGGGAAGAAUACACCUUUUACCCCAACAGCUGGAGUCCCUAGAUCUGUAUCACCAUCUCAAGUGUCAGCAGUGGCUCGUCAAGAUGUGGGCUCCCCUUCGGAUUCCAAGUCUCUGAAACCGUCAGGCCAUUUGGUUGUUGCAGUGUCAGUUACAGCUGCAGUUAUAUUUAUUUUUAUGGUUCCUGUGACAAUUUUUGUCAUAUUUCUUUACCAACGCAAGCAGAGCAGUUGUGACAAAUUUCCAAGUGCUAAUGACACUUCCAUCCCAUUAACUACUGCUGUGGUGGAUGAGGAUUUGUACAAUCAAGAAUUCAAGCUCAUGUAUGGUGUACCUCCCAGAAAACACAGUUUAGAAGAAAUGAAAUUCCACAAUAAGUGUGCUGUGUAAACAAGGCUGAACAGCAAGCUCAGGUGGAAAUGACAGAAUAGUGCUGUAAGUUGACAGCUUAUUUUCCUGUCAGGGAAUGAUCCAAACUCAAAAGAGAGGGUGUUGAAAACUUUGCUUUGGCCAGAGUGGAAUUUCAGGUUCUAGAAGUGAAAUGACAAGAAUCAGAACGUGCAGAUCACAUAUCCAAUUAUCACGUACCAAAGGGUGGAUACCAUUUCUUUGAAAUAAUUACUGUGGUCAUGUUUAGUUGGCAGGUAGGCCUGCAAAAUCAUGUACACCAAGUUCAUUGUACGCAAGAUUAUGACAGACAAGUGUCAUAAACAGAAGGAUGAAUUUUCUUUCUACCCUUAAUACUUUUUCCCAAAAAUUAGUGUGGAUAGUGGAAUCUCACAUCCAAUCAAGCUACCACCCCCAAAAUGUUAAAAUUAGUCAAUAGUUCCAAAUAGCACAUUUACAGAAUUGUGGGGGUGAUAUUAACAAACCAUGGUGAAAAUAUUAUUGUAAGCUGUCCCUGUGAAGAUGUACAAUUUAUUAUGGGACUCUUAUGUCAGCUAUUAUUUUGAAAGAAAUUGGAAUAAGUUUGUGCACUGUCGCAGUGAAGACAUGCAUUAAAUUAAAUGUAAAUAGGAUUGUAGACUUAAAUUAAUUUUAUGGAAAAGUCACCCUCAAGAUGUUUCCCUCAAUAGUUAAUGUUCAAUUUCAAGAGAAGUGAACUUAGUUCAAGAAUUGUUCAUAUUCUUUAAUUAAAAAUUAACUAGUAAAAACCCUAAAUUUUCUAUCAAAAUUCUCAAACACUGUUCCAAGGUGAACAUGUUAGUUACCUGCAUGGAAUCCAUGUUUUAAGUUAAUUUUUUAAAUCAAUCAUUUUUGUACACUGUUCCAGAGUGGAUAUGUACAAAGUACAUGACGGAUAGGAACAUGAAAAGUUCAUGAGUGGUAUAUUUUUUAUGAUUAUUUGAAGCUUACAUUUUGAAUAACAUUUGUACAGUAUUUCUAGAAGAAUAUGUACAGAUGUUCAUUUUAAGACUAUUAUUUCACCAUGGAAAGAAUAUUUUUGUACACCCUUAAGAAAUAACUAGAAAAUUGUUAUUUGGAAAGGACACAAGCGUCAUCUUGCGGUCCUCUUGAAAAUUUUUAAAUGUGAUGAUAAAUCGUUGAAAUUAAUAUCAGCAUUUAGUUAUCGCAUUAUAAAAAAUUGUUCCACGACUACAACUGUUGAGGAACAAAAAAAUAAGAAGUUGAAAGUUAAUGAAAGAAAGUUGUCAGUAAAUCAAGACUUCGGAGAGAGGGAUAAGUUGGUGAUACGGCAAGUAGUGUCUUUUAUAAAACGAAUUGUGAAGGCCUGGUGUGGGUUGUAGUGAUUGUCAGAUCGGUUGGUAGCAUAUCUUACUGUCUGAAAAGCAGCUUUGUGGAGAUUAUCUGACAGAUCCAUAUCAUAUACAUUUGCAGUAGGACAACUUUCAGACUGAGUAUGAGUUUUUUUAAUUGUUUGAAUCAAUUUUGUGCAGAGUGUCUAUGCAUGUUAUUUAUUGAAUUAAAGGUUUUAUAUUUCGUACACUAUUCCAGAGCGUUUAUGUACAAAUAAGGCGACUGUCAUUUUUAUGUCAUUUGUGUUAACAAUGUUCCAUAGAGAGCUUUUUUUUUUUUGCAUACGGUAUCGCUUAAAUGUAAAGUGCAAUAUCUCCUACAACUCUAAACAAUGUUAGUUAUGUUUAUUUAGGUAUGACUUAUUAUAGAUUAUAAUUAUUUAUAUUACUACUGACAUUACAUUUAUAUCAGUUUACAUUUUUAGUUUCGGUAAUGUUUAGUGAGCUUUGUUAUUGUGAUUUUUGUUUAGGUUUUGUUUUAUUUUAAGUUAAGGGUACGUUUAGGGUUGCAAAGGCCUCUCAACUCGUUCGGAAGUUGCGACUUCCGUUUAAAUUAACUCAAGAGUGUAGUGAUUUCUUUGAACGCUAAUAAUAUAUUCCAUACCCCUCACUAAAGAGUCACGCGCGAGUCGAGACGAGAACUUGUACGAUAUAUUUGAGCAUUACCGUACAACUGUAUUCUUGUUCAAUGUGUUCAGUACACUUUCUUAGUGCGUUAAUGUUCAGUUCAAGUUGGUUAUUGUGUCGAUUUAAUUGUAAAGUAUUUCAAAGAGCGUAUGAAUUAUUUUAAAAAAGGUUCAGAUUAUAUAGAAAAGAAGCUACGUUGAUUUCGUAGUCUUUGCAUUUUUGCACUGCUUUUUAUAGAGCAUGUAAACUUGCUUCGUAAAAGGUUAAAUUGGAGCUCAGGAAAUUAGUUAUUUAUAACGUGAGAAUUUACUCUUAGUGAACUGUUUUAAGACUCUGCGAUCACAGAAAAUGUCAGCCUCAAAGUGCUUUGAUUCUUGCACUGUUCUGAAUGAGUAUGUAAGGAUGACUCGCUUCGGUUUACAGAAAUUGUGCGCUAUGAGAUAUUUGUCAAGCAGUAAAAUUCUUCGAACUGUUGUUGAGGUUUUAUUACAAGAUCAAUAAAUGGCUCGAUCCUGUGAAACGA